GAGCUGGGGCGGGGCCGCAGGGUAAGCAAGCGCUCUGGGAGAGUCCCGCCAGAGAGCCUCAGUUUCCUCCUGUGGGAGCGGGUGCAGGCGCUCCGCGGCCCCGAGAGCGCCCCACAAACGCCGGGGUAAUUCGGCCUCGGCUCUCAUGCGGCUCGCUCCUCCAGCUCGCGGGCCUCAGUUUAUCUGACAGUCAGAUGGGCGUUCCAACCUCGGCCCUCACGCGGCUGCUGCCGAGGAAAUCCUCAGCAAACCAGAAGAUGGCGCAAACUCUACAUCCAGUCCGAAGCUGCUCCUAGGGAGAGGCUCACUGCCAAGGGGAGGAGUUAAGGCGGCUGCGCAUGCGCCUUUCUCCAGAAGGGCGGAGUCCUAAGGAAUUUUCAAACUCGAGCAAUUGCAGAGCCUCCGGAUCCCAGGUCCGCAGGGGAUUCUGAGCAAGCGCCAUUGGAAAGGGAGAGGGAAGGGGAACGGCGCACUCUCGAAGGAGGGGCGUGGCUCGGCACAAAGCAGCCAAGAGAGGCCUGCCACGCAUGCGCGCACUGAAGGGCCCGGUGGGGGCGUGGCCGGGGCGUGCUUUACGACAGGUGCGCGCGGCGCGGCGGCCUCACUGUGCGGCGGUGUGGGUGUGUAGCAGGGCCCAAGUAGACGCCGGGCAGGGGCUGCAGUGGGGCCUGGCCGGGUGUCAUGUCGCACGGGCACAGCCACGGCGGGGGCGGCGGCUGCCGCUGCGCCGCAGAGCACGAGGAGCCUCCGGAGCAGCGUGGUUUGGCCUACGGGCUCUAUCUGCGCAUCGACCUGGAGCGCCUGCAAUGCCUCAACGAGAGCCGCGAGGGCAGCGGCCGCGGCGUCUUCAAGCCGUGGGAGGAGCGGGCCGACCGCACCAAGUUUGUAGAAAGUGAUGCUGAUGAAGAGUUGCUGUUUAAUAUUCCGUUUACAGGUAAUGUUAAACUGAAAGGAAUCAUCAUUAUGGGAGGUGAAGAUGACUCGCAUCCAUCAGAGAUGAGACUGUUCAAAAACAUUCCACAAAUGUCUUUUGAUGAUACAGACCGAGAACCUGAUCAGACUUUUAGUCUAAAUCGAGACCUCACUGGAGAAUUAGAAUAUGCUACCAAAAUUUCUCGUUUUUCAAAUGUGUGUCAUCUCUCUAUUCAUAUUUCAAAAAACUUCGGCGCUGACACCACAAAGGUGUUUUAUAUUGGACUGAGAGGAGAGUGGACUGAGAUGCGUCGACAUGAGGUGACUAUCUGCAAUUAUGAAGCGUCAGCUAAUCCAGCAGAUCACAAGGUCCAACAGGUCACCCCACAGACCCACUUCAUUUCUUAAAGGCAAGCUGGGGCUACCACAGAAGCUUUUUUGUCAGCAAUGAUGUCAGACAACCAUUUUGGAAGGAAAAAGAUGGGGUUUGAGAGAUAUGGCUAUUGCAGCUUCCCCCAAAGCUUUGUUGUUGGGGACCUGAAAACUGAGAAUACCAAACCAUUGGUGAGGGCCACUGGAUUGUUGAGGACAGUUUGGCAUUUUGGGCACUGUAGAAUUUGGGUCUUGAGCCCAUUGGAAAUCUGGCAGUCAUGGAUAGCCCUUGUUUCCCAGUUUGGAUGUGCCUGUGAACUCUUUAAGUGUUUUUAUCCCUUUGUGGCAGGACUUUCGUGUGACCUUUUUAAAAAUCGGUAAUUACCACUGCUAGGUGGCCUGUAGCGUUCCAAGAUCUUGAGAUUUUUGUUCAUGACAUUUGCCGCUAAGAUCUCCCAUCUUGAAGUACUUUUCCCUGCUUGCUCCCUCCCUCCUAUUUGUGUGAAGUAUUUUGUGUUUGUUGUGGUUAAACCACUCAGGUCUACCAGGUAGCUGCUACCCCCUCUUGAAGUAUUCUGAGAUGUGGCUAUAGAGCUAGUCUCUUGAUCACAUUUAUAGCUUUGCACCCUUUCUUCCUGCCUUUGGUAACCAACCUGAGGGAUGGUGUAGCUGAAAUUGUUCACAUGGGUAUGGCCAUCUUGGUGGUGACAUUGAGACUUAGGAAAAGCGUUGUUUAUGGCAUGAUGCUUAAUGCUUCUUAGAAACCAGAAAUCUUUGAGCUCUUCUGUGCACAGUGUUCUAUUCCUUGUGACUAAGAAGCUUCCUUAAUAAAUCCUCAUCAGAUAUA